GGGGGCGGAGCAGGAGUCCCCCUCCUCCUCCUUCCCUCAUCGCCGGCAGAGCGAGAGAGGCGCGGCUUUACUCGGAGCCUGGCCGCUGAUCGUGGCUUCCUUCCUCCCUCGCCAACCAGUGCAAAAAAAUCUGUAGCCAAUCACCUAAAAACUGACAACAUGUUGGCUUCUUGAACUAUUUGGCCAUGAAGGUACGUUGUUGGCAUUUCUAUCAGGUUGAGUUUACAAGGUGUGAACUCACAGAUACACUGGGAUGGAGACUCUACCUAAUAAUGCCUGCUUCUUAAGCACUUUGCUUGAAUAAUCAAGUUAACUCAUUUGCUGCAUGCAAGUCGAGACAAACAACUAUGUGGUCUUCCUCUAAGGGUCGAUUGCUCCCUGCAUGAAGAGCAGAUACAGGUGAUGUUAGUGCUCCUGCAGUUCUGGCUCGAAGGCUCCUGCUUGAAGUUCUUUUGAGAGUAUUUUCACUAAGAGAAAAUUUGGGUCUUGCACCCAGUUCUGUUUAAUGGAAGUUUGUCAGGAGUCAGACCUGGAUCGCCUGAGUUCCUCCGAGGAAGCUAGAAGAAUGUAGCUAUGGGCAGCGUGAGGCAUUUGGAAAAGCACUGAGCAACUUCAUUACCUCUUGGCCAUGGGAGCUUUGGUUGUUGUCCCUCUGGGUCUGCAGCACGAUCAAGAGCAGGAGGAGAGGGUCGAGCAGAAAGCCAGGCUUGCCAAGGUACUCCGAAGGAGAAGGGAAAGAAAGGCAGUCCCUCGGAGACCCUACACCCCGAGAGUCUACAAGGAGCCCCGGUCCUACCUUCAGCUCUCUGAGGAGCAGUGCAUCCAGAGGUUGAGGUUCUCGAAGGCGGUGGUGACAGAGAUCUGCCAGCUUCUGCAGGCAGAGCUUCAGCCCCGUACCCGAGCUUGGACUGCUCUGCCAGUGGAGGUGAAGGUCACUGUCACCCUGAACUUCCUGGCCUCUGGCUCCUUCCAGGCAGCUGCCGCCGCUGAUCUGUGCCAUAUCUCGCAGUUUGCAGCACACUGCUGCAUCCGGGACGUGACGGACGCCCUCUACUCCAGGAGGGAGGACUUCAUCUCCUUCCCCGAGGGCGCGGAACAGCAGGCUGAGCGGGCAGAUGGGUUUGCCCACAUUGCCAAUUUCCCCAAGGUGCAGGGAGUGAUCGACUGCACUCACGUAGCUCUCCGCACUCCCCACGUGAAGCCGGAGCUGUACAGGAAUCACAAGGGCUUCCACUCACUCAACGUGCAGCUCCUCUGUGACCACGAGCAGAAGUUCCUCAUGGUCAAUGCUAUGUACCCCGGCAGCUCCCACGACGCCUUCAUCUUGAGGCAGUCCGAAGUGCCUGCCAUGUUCCAGCCACCAGACUGCUUAGAUGGUUGGCUUUUGGGUGAUAAGGACUACCCCCUGCUUCCGUGGCUCCUCACCCCUGUCCAGUCUCCUGCAAGCACUGCCCAGUGCAAUUACAACCAAAGCCAUAGGGCCACCAGGAGCCUGGUGAAGGAUGCUAUUAGAGUCCUCAAGGCGAGAUUUCGGUGCCUAGACAGAUCUGGCGGGGCUCUCCAAUAUUCGCCGGAGAGGGUCUCGCGUUUCGUUGUCGUCUGCUGCAUGCUACAUAACCUGGCUAUCAUGCGGGGACAGCCCUUGCCUGAAGACUUUCAGCAAAUGGAUGGCGAGGAUGACGAUGAUGACGACGAUGAUGAAGAUGAGGAGGAAGUCGAAGAGGAAGAGGUAGCUGAUGAGGAGGAGGAGGAGGGGGAGGAAGGGAAAGUGAAGGAAGAGAAUGCUAGCGAUCACCAGCAAAGAAGAGCAUUGUCUGGACGUACCAUCCGGGCGCACCUCAUAGCCCAGAGAUUCUCAUGAAGACCCAGCCUCAUUGGUUCUACAACCUGACACACUGGCAUUCUUUCACCCAGACUUUGCCACCACGUGACUUUUGAAAUCCCUGGCAAGUCCCAGUGGCUGGUAGUGAGCAGUAGGAUUUGUACUGAUUCACCUUGGCAGCAUGACGUACAUUUUCCACUGUACAGGAAUUUUUGCAAUCAGUUAUAACCAGAAGCACCAUCAAUUAAAAGGCGUUACGAUCGCGUAGCGGUUCAUACAACGCUAUCACCGCUUGGGAUGUUGAAGUUCAGAGUUUAAUCCUGGUAUCCUCUGUAAGGAAUCAUGGAAUGCAUGUGUUUUUUCCUGCUCUUCUAGUGUCUUCCCACAGUCCAAAGACGUACCGGGUAGGUGGUAAAUUGUCCUGUGAUUAGGUUAGGAUCUGGGUUGCUGGGCGGUGCAGCUCAGAGAGCUGGAAAGGCCUAUUCCACACUGUCUCUCUAAAUAAAAAAAUAAUAAAAAUUAAUAUAAAGUUUUAAGUUUUGCAGUAGCGAGUGGAAGAUUCCCAAUACCUUCCAAUCAAACGUCAUUGUCAUUCACUGAGGCCAGCAUCCUAACUGCGGGGACUAAUGUAUGUUGAGAAAAGUAAUCCUCUAGCCUGCAUGAUGGCUGCUUCCACCAGGAAUACCCCUGCCAUGUUCCUGAUUGUGUAAAUGCAUCUUCAAUCAGGAAGAUGCCUGCUAUAACCUUGGUCGACAAGUGUAACUCUGACUACACUGAACAACAGCAUACCUCCUAAACUAGGAUGACAGCAGCCUCAGCUACAGUAAGUUGGGGUCAACGUGUCACGUUGUUGCGGUCUGUCAUUGGCCCAGUGACUACACGGAGUGCAUGUGCAAUUGAGUGAUGAACUUACCAAUUACAUGGGGAAACCUUUAUCUGUUCCACCUCGUAAAAGUAGUCUCAGCUGUGUACAUGACCAACUGUAAACGAGACAUCAAAACUUGACAACAUCCAUGAGUGGAGAAGUGGUUUCUCUCCCAGGUGUUACCUCUGUACCAAUGGGACUGACCCUACAACUGAAGUCGCCUUUCAUUUCCCAAAAACACUGCGUCAGGUGUGAAAGGGAGCUGCAGUGCCUCGCUGUUAUCUGCCUGGGACCGUAGUAACUACAAACUAACUUCCCUGCAAAGCCACUGCCGGUAAAUAAAAGAUAACUUUCGCUAUACUGUCUGUUCCCGUGUUGGUUUUGCUCCUUUAGUGCCCACCUCAGCAGAAGACUUUGAAAGCAGAAGCGAGGGAACAAAUCUUCAGUAAAUGCUUCAGAACUAAGUUAAACAUGGAGAAAAGUACCACUAAAUAUUUCAGAAUGGUGAUGUUAACUAAUCAUCCCUGUCCUUCUUUUUCAUGCCUGAUCUUUAACUGCCUUUGCCUAGCCACUUAUUACACAUCUUUCCUGACUGAGUAGCUGGAUGGUUGUUCCUUCAGAGUGAGGAGGCAGCAGGUGGCUGUGCGGCCUAGGUGAGCCAACCUGGCACUGCACCAUCUUGGGCCGAGGCACAGUGGUCCGGGUUUGCUGGUUGAAGGGCAUCGGGUGGAAAGCUAGCAGUGGGACUAUGAAAGAGGCAAGGCAGUAGAUCCUAGUACCAGACAUCUGCUCAUGGUGCCAAAGUAACGAGAUGGCGCACAGCCUACAUACAGUGCUACUAUCACAGCCUCAGGACCUGUGCCCUGUAGCUGGGAAGAUGUCCUUCCCAUUGUGGGACUGGUAGCCAGCUUUGCAAUAAAGGCCAAGAUUAAGAUUAGCUUUAUUUGUCACGUGUACAUCAAAGCAUACAGUGAAAUGUGUUGUUUGCACCGACGACCAACACAGUCCGAGGAUGUGCUGGGGGCAGCCCACAAGUGUCACCAAGCUUUCGGCGCCAGUGUAGCAUGCUCAAAACUCACUAAUCAUAAUGGUAAGCACGUCUUUGGAAUGUAAGAAGUAACAGGAGCACCGGGGAAAACCCACGUGGUCACGAGGAAAACGUACAAACUCCUUACCAGCAGUAGUGGGAAUUUAACCCAAAAUUACAGCGAGAUUGGGAAGAGGCAGGUUUGGGAAAGUCAGAUAGAAGUUCCCCAAGCAGAGUCCUCAUUACUGUUUCGUAUGUCAGUCGAGACAGGCCACUGCUGCCCACAGGAAGGGGAUGCAGUGUGAUACCUUCUCCAUCCUGAGCUCCUUAAAACCCAUCACACCAUCUGCAGCUGCCCUCACUCCCAAGGCAGUAACCUUCCUGCAGCCAGGGGUAAAGCUGUCCUGAGCACCAGCCCGGGCAUAGGUAUGUGGAUCACUGUUACUGGGAAUGCACCAGAAUGAAUGGUUGGUGUAUCUAUUGUUCUUUGCUAUUUUUUAAUGGUUGCAAUUAUAAAACGUAGCUAAAAGUAGAUCCUGUGGUGUAAUCAAGCCUCUUAUAUUCGACAAAAAUGCACUGAGGAAACAGUACAAGGGUAGGUUUGGUACUACCUUAACUUGCAGAUUCAAUUGGUGGUAAGGAAGGCAAAUGCAAUGUUAACAUUAACUUCAAGAGAACUAGAGUAUAAGAACAAGGAUGUAAUGCCAAGAUCUUGUAAGGAAUUUGUCAGACUGUACUUGGAUUACUGUGAAUAGUUUGGGCCCCUUAACUAAGAAAUUGGCUGGCAUUGGAGAGGUUCUAGAGGAGGCUCAUGAGAAUGAUCCUGGGAAUCAAAGGGUUAACAUAUGAGGAGUGUUUGAUGGCUCUGGGUCUGUACUCACUGGAGUUCAGAAGAAUUAGGGGGAAGGAUCUCAUUGAAACCUAUCAUAUAUUGGAAGGCCCAGACAGGGUGGAUGUGGAGAGGAUGUUUACUAUACUGGGAGAGUCCAGGACGCAGUCUCAGAAUAGAAGGACGUCCUUUUAGAACAGAGAUGGAGAGGAUUUCUUUUAGCCAGAGGGUGACGAAUCUGUGGAAUUCAUUGCCUCAAACAGCUGUGGAGGCCAAGUCAUUGAGUAUAUUUAAAGCAGAGGUUGAUAGAUUCUUGCUUAAUAAGGGUGUCAAAGAUUACAGGGAAAAGACACAAGAAUAGGGUUGAGAGGGAUAAUAAAUCAGCCGCGAUGGAAUAGUGCAGCAGACUCAAUGGGCUGAAUGGCCUGAUUCUGCUCCUCUGUCUUAUGGUCUUCAAGGAGAGGAAUAAAAAGCGCAUACUAGUGACUUUAUAUACUAUAUAUUGUUAGUUUUCUCAUGUCUAGGGAAGUACAUGCAUUGCCUCAAGAGAACUAAUUAGAACCUCUUGAGAUUAACAUUAAUUAGAAGGUAUUCCAUCUUGUUAUAUCCAGUUAGUCUGUGAUCACAGAUAAAGCCUCCACACAGUCAAUUCUAGAUGUCACAUAAGUAACCAUAACACCUUUAUCCUUUGACUAUAUCCCUGAUUUUUUUUACUCCAUCACACUCAGGGGGAGCAUAAUUUUAAGGUGAUUGGAGGAAACUAUGGAGGGGGAUAUCAGAGUAAGUUUUUUAACACAGAGAGUGGCAGCCGGAGUCAGAAAGGAUCCUUGAAGCAGGGGUGGUCUUGACCCUGCUUGUGACUUCAAUUGUGUCUGUAACAUGAGGCAAAUUCAUUCCUCGCACCACCUUGUCAAAGCCGAGCCUCCUAAGGCACUGCUUCUCAGCAAAGUGGAUGUGAGGACACCUUGGCUUACCUGCUGGGAUAAGACCUCCUUUUCCAAUUUCUACUUCUUCUCUUGCAUCAGGUAGCCCUGCAACAUGAACCCUCUGUGUACUCACCCUGUUGUAAGCGAUGCCCAGUUGCAUGGUCACCAAAACCACCGCACACCUCCCCCCAACCCCACUACUAACAUCUAAUUUAAUUAGUUAAUUGCUCAAAAGAUUCCAGAAAUGUUUGCCGUGCUUGUCACUACCCAAAGGCUUCAACACCCUCACAAGAUAUAUAUCUAUAAUCUCCAGCAAGUGACUGAUGAUACAUUAAAUACCAUUGGGGUUGAAACACACUAAUAAGGCAAAGUUUCCCACUGUGGUGUGUUCACUGGCCAUUUGCCAGUUUAGCGUGCCAAUAUCAAGGAUGUACGAUUGUCAUCUGGCCACAAGUUUCCUUUGAUGGUGCAGGUAACUUCCACUAUGAUUGGAACUAAAGGUGUGUGUUAACAAUUACUACUUCAAACUUAAGGCAUUUGGUAUAUUACUGCUGUUGUGAAGACCAAUAGGAAAAUUGAAAUAAAAAAGCCCUGCAGAUGCUGGAAAUUGAAGUAAAAACAGAAAAUGCAGGGAACAUUCAGAAGGUCAGAAUCUGUGGAGAGAGAAACUGAGCUAAUGUUUCAAGACCCUUUUUCAGAACUGACACUUUCUCAGCCACAAACUUGACUGUUUAUUCAUUUCUAUAGAUGCUGCCCGACCUGCUGAGUUCCUCCAGCACUUUGUGUGUGUUGUUACGUGUUAAUUCAUGUUAUUUCUGAAAUAAACCAGAUUGAU